AUGGAACAUUCAUGGGUUGGAUUGAAUGAUUUACCUGAUGAAAUUCUUAUGAUUAAUUCCCAAAAAUCAGUGUCGAAUUCUAGACAUUCAAAUUCAUUUGCCUUUUCUCCCCAGUCAGAUAUUAUUGGUAAAAUCAGCCGACAAUUACAUGCGAUGCGGAAUUUACCAUGCCCUCGACAAUUACAAAAAUUAAAUGUUGGUAUGAGUCAGCUCAAUGAUGGCAUGACAAAACUUAAUGAUAGUAUGGUUAAACUUACCGAUGGUAUGAUAACACUUAAUGAUGGGAUGGUUAAGCUUAAUGAUGGUAUGACAAAACUUAAUGAUAGUAUGGUUAAACUUACCGAUGGUAUGAUAACACUUAAUGAUGGGAUGGUUAAGCUUAAUAAUGGUAUGACAAAACUUAAUGAUGGAAUGUUGAAAUUGAAUGAUCAAAAUAAAUUAUUAAUUCAAAUAACAUUACCAUUCAUCGGGAAUUAA